GAACUAUCGAGCAAGUCUUAGUCGAGUCAUAGGGACGUCAUUUCAGAAAUGGCUAGUUUUCCGUUUGGGCAGGGGUAUCCAGGAAUGGCUAGACAACCCCCUGGAGGUAGUUACUAUCAAGGGCAGGCCCCACCUGGCGGCCCUUAUGGCAGUAGUCCAUUUGGUGGCUCCGCACCUCCUGGUGGCCAAUAUGGUGGACCAAGUUUCCAGAGUGGUGGUGGUUAUGGAGGAGGUCCCGCCUCUGGUGGGUCUUUUGGUACAUAUGUUUCUUCGGGUACAGGUGGAGCAGCUCCUGGAGGACCAUAUAGUGGAGCAGCUACUGGAGGACCACAAUUUGGAGGGCAGGUACCUGGUGGUCCAUAUGGUGGUUACGGACAAGGAGGACCUUAUGGUCAGCAAGUGCCUGCAGGUAACAUACCUCCAGGUGUGAGUCCAGAAGCAAUGCAGUGGUUUCAGACAGUGGACACAGACCACAGUGGAUACAUUACUCAGAAAGAGCUCAGACAGGCACUGGUUAACUCAAAUUGGUCUACUUUCAAUGAUGAGACAUGCUUAAUGAUGAUGAAUAUAUUUGACAGAAGCCACUCAGGAAGAAUUGAUUUGUUUGGCUUUUCUGAAUUGUGGAGAUCUUUACAGCAGUGGAAAGCCAUGUUCCAGCAGUUUGAUCGCGAUAGAUCAGGGAACAUAAGUGGUAGUGAACUUCACCAAGCACUUUCACAAAUGGGCUAUAAUCUCAGCCCACAGUUUACCCAGGCUUUAGUGUCUCGGUACAGCCAGAGAGGAAGUUCAAAUACCAUUCAAUUAGAUCGCUUCAUUCAAGUUUGUACCCAGAUACACAGCAUGACUGAUGCAUUCCGAGAGAAGGACCAGAGGAUGACCGGGACAGUGCGCAUGAGCUAUGAGGAUUUCCUUUCCAGUAGCAUUUCCCGGCUUAUUUGAACAUGGCUUUAAGGAUGCUGUAUUUGUUUUAAAAUUUAAACUGACUGUACUAUAGUAUAAUAUGUAUAAUUUUUUUUUUUAUGACAUCACUAUCUUAAAUCAUUUUUGUUAUAUCUAGAUUCUUACAGCAAAGAGCCACUUAAAGAAAGUACUGUUAUGUUCAUAAAUGUUUUCCAGUAUAAUAUAUUAUUUAGAAAGUGUUUUUUUUCUUGAACUUUGGUGCCAAACAGGUUUAAUGAAUUUUAGACUUCUUGCUAUAAAACAUGUUAUUGCUUACCUUAAAAAGGGAAUCCACAGCCUAGUUUUAUUAUUUGAUCUGAGAGAAAGGAAUUGCCUUUGUUAUUGCCAUGUGCUGUCAUCUCCCGAGUUUGAAUCACUAUAGCAACGGAUUCUCCCUUUUAGUGUGAUGAUGAGACUUGGAUCUCAAGCAAGCUUUUGAAGACGUCAAAUACGGAACAGCAUGAUGUGCUUCUGGUAUAGUACAGGCUGCUUUCUGCUGUAUAUCCAUUGAAGUAAUGUUUUUUUUGCAUUUAGCUUUUUUUUUUUUUUUUUUAAACUGUACUCCAAGCAUAGUGUCAGACUUAAAAUAUUAAUAAUACUGAAUUUUUUAGAUGUUUUGAUGAGCUUCCAAAUCAGGCUGUAUUAAUUAUAAGUAGGUUGUGCAAGCUAGCAGGUUUGACUUUAUGUAUUUGUUCAACACUAUUAACUGCCAUAUUUCCUACCUAAAUAAAUGAUUGGAUCAAAAUAAAAUUGUUAGAAAUUUAAAAUAUAAAAAAAUUAACAAUGAUACCUUUGUUAGCAAAAUAGAUGUUUGUGGUGAGAGAAAGUACAGCAUAUCAGGUCUGGCAGCCUCACAGAUUAUAAAGGCCCAAGUCUGGCUGUUGCACCGCCUAUUAGUUGCUAACAGCCAGAGGACAUGUGAGUUUAUAUGCAACAUGAACAUGCUGGAACAAAGUUAUUUUACUUCUGUAACUACUUGUUGCUUACAUGCAACCUAGAAAGACAAGGACACUAAAAUAGAGAAUAAAGUAGGGCCCAGACCAAAACAGUUCUUCUUGCUUUCAGGUUCUGCUCUAAACUGGCCAGGCACUGUUACAUAUAAAUGUCAAUGGAAGGACUCUAGUACAUUUAGCUUUUUUAAUUAUUCAGAGACAGAAAGUUGCAUUGCGACAACACCACAGGGAUGAGUGUGAGUGUGUUUUAACAAUACAGCAAUAAAGAGGGUGAGUGAACUGACAAUGUUCCUAACCUUUCUAUGACUGUACAUUUAGUGACAGAAAAGGAAAAAAUAAAGCAACCCUACAUGGAAGCCCUCUUCUGGGUGACAUACGGUUGACAGAAGUAGAUAGAUAGAUAGAUAGAUAGAUACUUUAUUAAUCCCAAUGGGAAAUUCACAGUCUUCAGCAGCAGCAUACUGAUACAAUAACUAAUAUUAAAUUAAAGAAUGAUAAUAAUACAGGUGAAAAAACAGACAAUAACUAUGUAUAGACCACAACCGUCCAGAUCAUUUUGAGACAAAACAGGAUUUUUUUUUUGUUGUUAUAAGUGCACAAACUAACCCUGUGCAGCUGCCUGUGUCUGAUUCAAUGGAGUCAUUUUACUCUGCCAACAAUUGCCCACACUGUUCAGAUAUGCUCAGUGUUUUCUUCCUGUUUUUCUGUUUUCUUCUUUCUGUUGGGACUUCUUGUUCCAGAGAUGUUCUCAUGACCUGUCCAAAGGCUUCUUGUUGUUAAUUUCUAAUUCAUUUUCAACAGAAUUCCUUGUGUGGCUUUUGGUUUUGGUACUUGUAUCCCUUCUUGGCAGUUCCCAUAAUGACUAUUCUUUGAAUGGGCCACAUUCCUGUGCAGUCUUACAGAUGUCCAUGAUCUUUCAAAUCAUCAUGGCUCAUGUUCACAUAAUGUGGCUAAAUAUAUAGUUGCAUAACAUUUAAGUAUUCACAGUCCUGUUUCGUGGUAUAAUAUUAGAUUAAACAAUCAACAGUAGUGUAUUGUCUAAUCAUAUUGCAGUUUUACAUGGAAAUGUAACAUUGCAAAACAAUUCAUUAUCAAUAUGAAUAAUAAUUCGGUGUGUUUUUAAUACAAUAAAAGUAAUGUCUGGAUUGUUUAACCUAGUCUGUGUAAUUAUCUUAGGGAGCAAUGGGUUGUAUUGUUUAGCAAUGCAGUUAGGUAUCUUUUGAAAGGAAUAUUGAAAUGGCUUCUGUUUAUAAUUCCUAUCGGCUAGGUUCUUGAAAAAUGGUACCAGUUGUUAUAUACUGCGGCAGUCUAAUCACUAUGUUGACGCAAUGUUAUUAUUACUCGCUUCCAACAGGACACGGAGAUCACUAAAGUAACCUUUGCUUCUGCAAAGACAUGAUUAAAGAAAAAAAAAAAACAUAAAACCAAAGACCUUUGCAGUUCAUUUUCACCUUAAAAUACGCUAUUUGAAACUGAGACACUGCAAACUAGGAAUGCAGUUUCAAAACCAAUUUAAUGUGAAAAUGUAAAUGUCAAAUUAAGCAGAUACUUGUGAAUUAAAUAAGAAAGAGCUGUGGCAAAUAUAAUAAUUGACUCUGAUUCUUAGAGCAUUUCUGUGUUAUUUUUCAAAAGUAAGGUUUGGUUAUGUCAUGCCACGUGCCAAGAAUAUAUUUUAACUUUGCAAAAAAAAAAUACUCUAAUAAAAGCAAUUAUCUCUGGUGUGACACUUGCAUUUAGUGUGGAAACUAUUGAAACCUAAUCCAUUGGAAAUAGUUUGUUAAAUUGAUGCAUCCUUAUAUUAUACCGAUUUCUGCAUUUAUUCAUAAACAUGUAUAAUUUUUUAUAACAAUAAAACAUAACUUUAUAUAAAAAA